GAGGGAGGAGAGGGGAGCGGCGAGUGAUGCUAAUUGCCGUUUUUGCUUUGUUUCUCCCCGUCGCAUUACAUACUCUCCCGCUGGAACACACAAACACACACACACACACAAACAUGCACACUUACUCUCCCGCUGGUUCACACCAAAACAAAACUCCCAGGAAGUGUUUGUUUCUUUGAAAGUAGCAAGUAGAGAACAACAACAGGAGACAGACGAGAAGGAGAAAAUAAAUAGUCGCUGGAGGAAGAAGAGAAGAAAAAGAGGAGAAAAUAAGAGAGGAGAAAAACCUGUCACUCAGAGUACAGUAGUUGUAUAGUAGACAUCACUUGGACCGGAAUUUUCCGCCACUCUGCCAGCCAAUCAAAUCGGGUGAGGGGAUUCUCACAGGGUAAGGGGGAGGAGACAGAACACUGUUGUUGAUUGACAGCAGGAGUUCUAGAGGUGGAGCCACGAACGAAAGGAGAUAGAGAAGGUGGAGAGAGAGAGAGAGAGAGAAGAGCAGCAAGCAGCUACACUUUACACAACCUUUUCUUUCUUCCUUCUUUCUCUCUUGUCACUGUUUUUCUGCCUUGUCGAAUCCCCCAACACUCGCCAUUUACCCCCACCUUGUGACUAUCAUUAGCCACUACAGAGUCAAGAUGAGCCAUUGCAGGAAGAGAUGCAAGAGACAGCUGACCAAAGUGUUUCGCUUUUUCUACCGCUUCCUCACAGGGACACUCGAGAAAGACAGCGUAGAGGAUGACUUUGAGUUGUCCACUGUGUGCCAUCGACCAGAGGGGCUGGACAAACUACAGGAGCAGACCAAGUUCAACAAGAAGGAACUACAAGUUCUCUACAGGGGCUUCAAGAACGAGUGUCCGAGUGGAGUGGUGAAUGAGGAGACCUUUAAAACCAUCUACUCCACAUUCUUCCCCCAGGGAGAUUCGGGUGCGUAUGCACAUUUCUUGUUUGAGGCCUUUGACACUAACAAGAAUGGAUCGGUUAGUUUCGAGGACUUUGUGUUUGGUCUGUCUAUCAUUCUGAGAGGAACGAUAAACGACCGGCUAAACUGGGCCUUCAACCUGUACGACCUGAACAAAGACGGCUGCAUCACCAAAGAGGAGAUGAUGGAUAUAAUGAAGUCUAUCUAUGAUAUGAUGGGGAAGUACACAUACCCCUGUAUGCAGGACGAGGCACCCAGAGAACACGUGGAGAGCUUUUUCCAGAAAAUGGAUCGUAAUAAUGAUGGGGUGGUCACUAUUGAUGAGUUCAUCGAGUCAUGCCAAAAGGAUGAGAACAUCAUGCAGUCCAUGCAGCUGUUCGACAAUGUCAUCUAGGAGCCUCUGACAUAGGGAAGUGGCUGGAGGACAGGGGAGGUGUGUGUGUGAGUGUGCACCACAGGAGAUUGGUGGCACCUUAAUUGGGCAGGAAUGGCUUGUGGUGAUGGCUGUAGCGGAAUAAGUGGUAUGGUAUCAAAUACAUCAAACGCAUGGUUUCCAUGUGUUUGAUGCCAUUACUUUUGCUCCUUAGCGGCCAUUAUUAUGAGCCGUCCUCCCCUCAGCAGCCUCCACUGGCAUGCGCGUGUAUUUGUAUGUGUGCGCAUGUGUUUAUGUGUGUGCGCAUAUGUGUGUGUGUGCGCAUGUGUGUGGGUGUGUGUGCAUGUGUGUGUGUGUGUGUAUUUCUCUCUGCCCUCACUCCAAGCCAAAAGGGGGUGCCUCCUCUUAUCCAGCCCUUCAUCUCUCCCAGAGACAUAGAGAAGAGAGGGGCUGGUGAUCCACACCCACAUCAAGGACCGGUUCAGGAGUGAGCAACGUUACAGAACGUUCAGACAGAAAUGUGUUGUGUAGAACAAAUAUGAUUGCCUGUCCUGUGUAAUAGGGAGUCAAUCGUGUCAGCUCUAUCUGUUACGUCUAUAUGCAACUUUUGGAGUGCUUUGUCUGGUUGAAAACACCCCUGGUUCGUUAACAAUUGUAUUAUUUUAACACUCCUGUUUCUGAGAAAGCUGCUGUAGCAUGCUGCCUGGACUCAAUGUAGGAUAAAGUCCCCCAUACUCACUGACCAAUGGUCAGUUUUGCAUGUCCCCGCCUAAUGGUUAAGGUUAGGGUCAGGGGUGGCUAAUCCUAGAUCUGUGGUUCGAGGCAACUUCUACCAGAGCAGCUGGACCCCUGACGCCUCUGUCAUUAAAACAAAGGUAUCUACCGCCACUUAGUGGACAAAAGGAGGAAAGGACACUUGGAAAAGGGACAAUGGAACUGAAGGGACUGAGGAUCUGAAGGAUGAGACUUCUUGCGAACAGAAGACAGAGACAGAGUUGUUUUUUAAUAAGGGACUGAUUUGAAUGUCGCAAUAAUGAUGUCACUAAUAAUAACUUGUACGUAUAUACAGAAAUACUCCAAAGCCUGUCUGCCUGUCUGCUGUUGCUAGAGUCAUCCACAGGUGCCUCGCUCCGUGUGUGUGUGCACGUCCCUGUGCGUACUUGUCAUUCCUGUCUCUGGUAGGAAUCCAUUCAAAUUUCAACCCCAUAUGAGGCCUCAUUUGUACUAACACUAACUUAUGCUGACUGUUGUACCUCUUCCAAUAACCCUGCGGUCAAGAACUACUAGACAGUCUAAUGUGGGGCUCUAUUGAUGAACACGCUACUUCGACCCUCUAGGCUUCCGUAGACUCCUCACUGUAUUUACAGGCGACUGACUGAUGCAGUGAAGCAUGGGAAUAGGAGUUGAAAUGGAAAUGUCUGGCUUAUCAAACACUGUAAUACGUCAUAUUAUGCCUAUUUUUCAUUAUACUGAUCAUGCAACUGAAACUGGAAGCAUUUCUGUUUAGAUCGACCAUGAAAGAGCAGCAACAUGUCGAGGACAAUUCUGCCUGAUACGGUAUCCAAGUUAGGCUUCUUGUUUCAUGUCUUCGUACACAAAGUCAGGCGUGUGUGUUGUAGUGUUUGUGUGUGUGCGUGUGCACGAAGGUGGGCGGGUGGGUAGGUGGGUGGGUCGGUGGGUGUGAGGACACCAGUACUGUUUCUACCAAAGAGUCAGACACACAAACUGAAGAAGUAUUUAAAGCCACCCGCAGUUAUAUCAGGCUAUAAAUAGGCGCGUGUGUGAAAUGUGGGAGGAAGUGGAGAAAGCGAUAAAGAGAGAUUAGAGUGGAAAGGGAUAGAAUGUGAAUGCUUUUGUGUGUAGGGGUGUUGGGUUGUGUGUGUGUCACUGCGUAAGAGAGUUGAUUUGUCAACUGAAUAGUACAGUUUCCCAAUUCUUUGCCAACUUCAAGUUUCGAACUGGGGAUUAAAAAAGGCCGUUUGAAAUGCCUUUGUGGUUCUGAAGAGAAUGUUGAUCUUUUGCAAGAUAACAUUACCUGUCUCCAUCAACUACUUCUUAUGUGUCUCAUUAAAUUACGUCAUCACUUUCAGCCCUACAACAGUGGCAUAAGCAAUAACGUCCAUAUUCUACACCCUGGUUCAGGGUCAGAUAGUCCUACAGCCGCAUACUCAUUAAGGUUAGGAUUGAGUAGGAUAACUGAUCCUAGGACCAUUUAAUUUAGAUUUCCUUACCCGGUAAGCUGUCUAUGUUCAAGGUAGGACAACAAUCCAUGCUUUGGUUUUGUUUACCUGGCAUUACACUAUUUUUUCCAAAUGCUGACGUUGUAGCAUUUGUGGCACAAAUCCAAUUCAAGUCAGUGGUACUUAUAUUAGCAAAUCCAAAUCAACCUGAAGUAUCUCAUAUUGAUUGUGUAGCUCAACUAAAGCCCUAUUUAUAUAUGGUGCUCACAUGCCACCUUUGUCCUGAUCCUGCCCACAUUCUGAUUGUGCCCACGUUUUUUGCCAGGUGUAGAUGAUUAAAAGACACAUUGUGAUCUGAUUGUGAUCAGAUUUUCCGGAACACCUUCAGAGGUAGUCAGGCAGACGUGUCUGGAUAUCUAUCAAGAGUAAACAGACCCAGAAUGUCAAAUCAUUUAAAUCAUAAUUUGACCAGCCUCUAAAGUCCUUGACAGGUUGCGCCAUUGACUUAUGACAUCAUUAAAUGUCUUAAAAUAAACAAAAUCAUAAUAUUUUGAAAGAAUAUCUGUCAAACAAUUUGCAUAGAGGGAGGCAGCAGCUAAUAUUGUCACAAUGCAGACACAUUGGACGGAUAAGAGACAUAUUUUAAAACAAUGUGCAGAUGUGACAAACCUUGGUCAGAUAGUGAUUGGAUCAUAUAGAUCAGAUCCUAAAACUCACAUGUUAGCGCAAGGUGUAAACAAGGCUUAAGUCACUUAUAGAUGAUUUGGACAUGAAUUGCAAAAAUACUAAUAGAGAUGCCAUUGACUUGCAUUGGAUUUGUGCCACAAAUGCUAAAAUGCUAGAAUUUGAAAACAGUUCCAGGGAAACAAAGCCAAAUCAUGGAUUGAUGCCACAACUUGUCCAUAGACUGCUUACAGGGUAAGAAAACUCAUAUGUAAUUUUGUAAUUUUGGUAAACUAUCCCUGGGCCAACUUCUACCUGGUGUAUUAUUAACCGGUGAACACCUGUAAUAACCUGCACCUUCUUCCAACUCCAACAUUUUUAACUCCUGAUUACUGUACAUCUACAUUUAAUCCACUCGAAUAUGUUUUCACAAUCUCUUUUUUGGGAGGAGGCGGGGGGGGGGGUCUGGCUCUGAUUGUCUGCUUGCAGGUGCCGUAGGUGAUUUCAUGCACUGAGCACCAUUGAAACCCAUCUAUACUCCAUGUACUGUGUCAUAGAACAAUGAUAUCUACUAACCCGUUGUUACUGACUGUGUGUAGUUAGUUAGCUAGCCUCAACUGGUUGCAUUGCAUAUGUAAGAUGUGUAUAUUUUGUACAGAGACAAUACAAAUCACAUUGCUAUG